UCCCCCAAGGGCAUAAGGCGAGGGUAAGUGGGCGAGGGUGAGUGUUUUAACUAUUUGGACCGCAUGGGCCAAAGGCGCAAUGGAGAUUCUUUGCGAAAAGUGUCUGAGUGGCUGGUUACGGUAAACUCUGGUUGGUCAAUCGCGGUUCGGGGGGGGAGUUUCGAGCAGGUUCAAUCGGAUGGAAACCGUUCUCCUUCGCACACAACUGAUGCUUUGUAGCGAUGCAUUCAAGGGCAUGGUUUUUAUGACGACAUGGUGGGUGUAUUCUUAGCUGACAAUUAGUGUUUGGUUUCACAUUAUAUUCGUUCAGUCAACAUGCGUUCCUCCCACAACUGUGUAUCCGGAGACCACCAUUCUUUUUUUGCGUAAAUAGAGUGAUAUUAUAGUACCAGUGUGCAUCAACAAAAUUGACCGCAUAACAUAUUUGAUUAUUACGCCAAGUGCAUGAACUGGGAUGUCUGCAACGGACUGGUACGCGCACAAAUCCAUCGGAGAAGGUCUGUACUGGAUCCAGGAGAAGUUUUUUGAUUCGUCAAACAGAGCAAAUAUUUGGCUCCUUCGAGGAUCUCACCAAGAUGUAGUGAUAGACACAGGCUUGGGGUUGAGGAGUUUACCAGAUUACAUUAACACCAAAGGUCUGCUUGGAGACGACCCGCAGCGAAAGAACCCAAUUUUGGCGAUCGCCACCCACGCCCACUUCGACCACUCAGGUGGUCUGCAUCAGUUCGAACAGGUGGGAGUCCACAGUGCAGAGGUCGAUGCACUGGCCAACGGAGACAACUUCGAGACCGUUACGUGGCUGUCUGACAGAGAGAUAGUCCAGGCUCCCUGGCCAGGAUGGAGAGCCAGGGGAUACAGGGUCAAGGCUGUACAACCAACACACAUACUACAAGAAGGUGAUGUCAUCAACCUGGGCGACAGGCAGUUGAAGGUGCUGCACAUGCCCGGCCACUCCCGGGGCAGCAUCUGCCUGCACGACGGGGACAACAAGAUGCUGUUCAGUGGGGACGUGGUGUAUGACGGAGCCAUGAUCGACUGGCUGCCCACCAGCCGUGUCAGCGACUACGUCAGUAGCUGUGAGCGCCUGGUGGGGCUGGUGGAUAGUGAGCAGGUGGACCAGGUAAUGCCUGGACACUAUCACACGUUUGGUGCGAAACGGCUCCACCACAUCGCCUCGGGGUACAUCGACAGAGCCAUCUGGCACAUGACAUUUGCGGCCACAUGGCGGCACUGCCCGGCACGGACAUGGCACGCAUCUCUCCACGGCAUUUGCCUGGAGGACCUUGGCAUCUGGCCAUUCUGCUAG